AUGGCUCGGUUCACCGAUAAAGUUGCUAUUAUUACUGGCUCUUCCAACGGAAUCGGUCAAGCAACUGCUGUUCUCUUCGCUUCUGAAGGAGCUAAGGUUACCAUAACCGGAAGAAAUGCUGAAAGACUCGAGGUGACGAAGAAACUUCUUCUGGAUGCUCACAUUCCAGAUAAUCAUAUCAAUGUCGUUGUUGGAGAUAUCACUCAAGAAAGUGUCCAAGAAGCUCUUAUCAAGACCACUCUCGAGAAGUUUGGAAAAAUCGACAUCCUCGUGAACAAUGCUGGAGCUGGAAUUCCAGAUCCUCAAGGAAAGACUGGUGUCAAUCAGUCGAUGUCCACCUAUCACAAAACUUUUGAGUUGAAUGUUCAAAGUGUUCUUGAGAUGACUCAAAAAGCUAGACCACAUUUGGCAAAGUCACAAGGAGAGAUUGUAAACAUCUCAAGCAUUGGAGCUGGUCCAGCUGCUCAAGUUGCCAAUCCAUAUUAUUCGAUAGCGAAGGCUGCUUUGGAUCAAUACACCAGAACUGCUGCCAUUGAUCUUGCUCCUGAAAAUAUUCGAGUAAAUUCUGUGAGCCCUGGAGCAGUUGCCACUGGGUUCUCAACUGUUUCUAGAGGACUUAAUGAACAAAAAUCAAAAGCGAUGUAUGAAUAUUUGGGAUCUCAAAAAGAAUGCAUUCCACGUGGAUUCUGUGCUGGACCAGAGGAUAUUGCUAAGGUGAUUGCAUUCCUCGCUGAUCGUAACGCAUCGAACUACAUUAUCGGACAAACUAUUGUUGCCGAUGGAGGAACUUCACUGAUCCUUGGAGCUCAUGCCCAUGGAGCCAGAAUGGUUGAAGCUAUUUUCAAAUGA